ACGGUCAUAGCAGGCCCUGUGAGAGAGUGAGAUACAUGGACACGUAUAUGGUUUCGGGGGGGCGAGAUUCGGUAUUGAAAGUAUGGGCACUGUAGUUAGCUAUCCAUAUUCAGCUCCCAACAGUUGUUACCAUCUGCGACAGUCUCCGUAAUAAUCAAUAAACGGAGGGCUGGGGACGAGCCUGGGCGUCAGGCCAAUGACAGCAUGAGAUGUAGCCCCUACAUUUGGCUGCCAUGAAAACAAACAAAGAAUAGUUAUAGACGUUUAUUCGGUCAACUUAAACUAAAGGAGGCCAUCGCUCUCCGACGUGAUAAUACCAGGACGCGUUGCUUCGUUUAUUUGUUCGUACGUUUGUUUGAGGUGAACAUGACAUCUAAGUCAUGCCUUAUAGCUGUCGGAGUUAGUCCUUUCUAUCGUCUCCACUCGAUGCGGCAAGCUGGUGCCGGGCCGAUCCCAUCGUUUAUCAAUCAAAUAUAUCCACCAUCAUGACAGCUCCAAUCCUUUUCCAUUACUUCUCAACACCUCUCCCGUACCUGCGUACUCUUGCUCUUCAGCAGAGCAUUCAUGACUUCCAGCUCCAGUCCAGGCGGAAAGGACACCAAUUUCCAGAUAUUCUCCUUCUGUUGCAACAUCGCCCAGUUUACACUGGAGGCAGGCGCCAGGGGCAUGCAUCCGCAGACGAGCGAGUCCGACUCAGAGACACGGGUUCAGAAUGGGUACCGACGUUAAGGGGAGGCGAAACUACGUUCCACGGCCCCGGCCAACUUGUUGCUUACCCGCUUGUGGAUCUUGGAAGGCUAUAUCUAUCCGUCAGAGACUAUGUCUGCGCCUUACAAAAUAUUUUGGCUUCCCUAAUAGUGGACGUUCACAAACUCCCGAUACAUAAGUCUCCCCACACGGGAAUCUUUCUGAGUGAAGAGCGCAAAAUCGCAUCCAUUGGUGUGCAAGUGCAACAUCGGCUUACGACUCACGGGUUUGCAGUCAACGUCACUGACGAACCUAUUCUUUGGUUUGAUCAAGUCGUAGCCUGCGGACUACCAGAAGUGCGCGCAGUCUCCAUUUCGACCGCUGUAGGCCAUGAUGUUACCGUUCACAGUCAAGUUGCACCAGUGCUCAGCAUAUUUGCCUCACAGCUCAAGCGCGAUAUGGAGCCCCUCGACCAUAAACAGGGCGAAAUCAUGUCAAUGGUUCGCAGCCUGGAAGUUGAAGCAGAGGGUGAGGGCCCUUGGUUGCAAAAACCAAUCAUGUAUUAAGGGAAAUACGAGAUGUCUUUAAAGCUGUGAGCCGUCGCGGGCUUCGAUAUAUAUGUCCCUAGCGAUAAGGCCCAGCUUAUGGAAUAA